CCCCCACCUCCGCACAACCGCGUCCGCUUCCCCCCGUCCCCGUUCCCACAGGAGAUCCCCUGCGCCCGCCGCAUCCCUGUAGCCGCCCCUGCUGCCGGCGAGCCCGAUCCGCCGCCUCCCCGCGCCCGCAGCCAUGUCGCCGUCGGAGCCGACGCGUGAGGAGAGCGUGUACAUGGCGAAGCUUGCGGAGCAGGCGGAGCGGUACGAGGAGAUGGUGGAGUUCAUGGAGCGCGUGGCGCGCUCGGCGGGCGGGGCCGGCGGCGGGGAGGAGCUCUCCGUCGAGGAGCGAAACCUGCUGUCCGUCGCCUACAAGAACGUCAUCGGCGCGCGCAGGGCCUCGUGGCGGAUCAUCUCCUCCAUCGAGCAGAAGGAGGAGGGCCGCGGGAAUGAGGCCCACGCCGCAUCCAUCCGCGCCUACCGCUCCAAGAUCGAGGCCGAGCUCGCCCGCAUCUGCGACGGCAUCCUCGCGCUCCUCGACUCCCACCUCGUCCCCUCCGCCGGCGCCGCCGAGUCCAAGGUCUUCUACCUCAAGAUGAAGGGAGACUACCACAGGUACCUUGCUGAGUUCAAGUCAGGAGCAGAGAGGAAGGAAGCUGCAGAGAGCACCAUGAAUGCUUACAAAGCUGCCCAGGAUAUUGCCCUCGCAGAUCUGGCUCCGACCCACCCCAUCAGGCUUGGACUUGCGCUCAACUUCUCGGUGUUCUACUAUGAGAUCCUGAACUCCCCUGACCGUGCUUGCAACCUUGCCAAGCAGGCUUUUGAUGAGGCUAUCUCUGAGCUAGACAGCCUGGGUGAGGAGUCAUACAAGGACAGCACUCUAAUCAUGCAGCUCCUGCGUGACAACUUGACCCUAUGGACAUCUGACACCAAUGAGGAUGGCGGUGAUGAGAUCAAGGAAGCUGCUGCCCCGAAGGAGUCCGGAGAGGGUCAGUAAGAUGGAUCCAAGCUCUCGACCUGAUGUGUCCGCUGAUGUUCGGGAGCGAAGAGCCAAAGUUACUGGAUUUCGAUAGCUACCUUCUAGUAUACGUACCACCACCACCACCACCACCACCAUCGUCGCACUGAGACCGAACGAUGAUGCUGCAUUGCUGCUGUUUAAUUAAGUACCCUAGAUGUUUGUUAUGUCGCACACUUUGUUUCAGUUUUAAGUCGAUAAAGUGAUGGCUGGAAGCUGGUUUUCAUGCUCCAAUCCUGGCCACCAGGGAAAAACCUGCUCUCGUUGCAGCGGUUGUUAGAAUGAUUGCUUAUGAUACUUGACCUAUGGAGUAUUUGACAGGCCUGCUGCCAGUAGUAUUUUGUUGAGUUGGCUUU